AUGAGAACAUUAAUUAAAUCAUGGAUUCCUCGGUGUCUGUGGAUUCUCAAGUCUCCUUGCAGAUCAUUCCAUGGAUGCAAUAAGCUUCUUACAUCUCAGAUUAUUUUGCAUUAUGACUCUAUAAACCAGUGUAAAAAGGAACUGCCAGAAUAUUUCAACUUUGCAACUGAUGUCUUAGAUGAGUGGUCACAACUGCAAAAGGAUGGAAGACGACCAGCAAAUCCAGCUUUUUGGUGGGUAAAUGAUGAGGGAGAGGAAGUGAAGUGGAGCUUUGAAGAGCUGGGAUUUCUGUCUAGGAAAGCAGCUAAUAUACUUUCAGAGGUGUGUGGUUUGCAGAGGGGAGACAGAGUUGUAGCUGUUCUUCCUCGUGUUCCUGAGUGGUGGCUACUGUUUAUAGCCUGUAUACGAGCAGGAAUUGUCCUUAUUCCGGGAACAUCCCAGUUAACAGCCAAAGACAUCUUAUACCGACUCCAGGCUUCGAAGGCCAAGUGCAUCAUUGCCAAUGAUACACUGGCACCUGCAGUGGAAUCUGUCAUGUCCGAUUGCCAGUUUCUGAAAAGCAAGCUAAUUGUAACCAAAGGGAGCAGAGAAGGGUGGCUGAACUUUAAAGAACUCCUAGUGGUGACAUCUGCUGACCAUAAAUCUGUCAAGACAAGGAGUCAAGACCCAAUGCUGAUCUAUUUUACUAGUGGAAGCACAGGCUAUCCAAAAAUGGUGGUGCAUUCCCACAGCAGUUAUGGUAUUGGAUUUGCAACCACUGCCAGGUACUGGAUGAAUUUGACUCCUUCAGAUAUUAUGUGGAAUACCUCUGAUACUGGCUGGGUAAAAGCAGCUUGGAGUAGUGUUUUUGCACCAUGGAUCUCUGGAUCAUGUGUCUUUGUACACAACAUGCCACAGUUUAAACCAGCAGUUGCUGCAGAGACUCUCUCAAGAUAUCCCAUCACUGUCUUUUGCACGGCUCCCACCGCCUACCGCAUGCUGGUCCAACAUGAUCUGAGCAGCUACAAGUUCAUGAGUGUGAAACACUGUCUAUCCGGAGGGGAACCACUCAAUCCUGAAGUGAUGGCAAAAUGGAAAAUCCAGACAGGACUGGAUAUCCAUGAAGCUUAUGGCCAGACUGAAACAGUGACGAUAUGUGCCAAUAUGAAAGGAGUGAAAACUAGACCUGGCUCUGUGGGAAAAGCUGUUCCCCCUUAUGAUGUGCAGAUCAUAGAUGACCAUGGGGCUGUUGUGCCUGUAGGAGAAGAAGGCAACAUUGCUAUCCGAAUUCAACCGACACGACCAUUCUGUCUAUUCUCUGAGUACUUUAAUGAUCCAGAGAAAACUGCUGCCUCCGUGUGUGGAAAUUUUUAUGUGACGGGGGACAGAGGAACUAUGGAUGAAGAAGGAUAUGUCUGGUUUGUUGGAAGAGGUGAUGAUGUAAUUAAUUCUGCUGGGUAUCGCAUUGGUCCAUUUGAAGUCGAAAAUGCAUUAAUACAACACCCUGCAGUCUCUGAGUCAGCUGUUGUCAGCAGUCCUGAUCCAGUUCGAGGGGAGGUAGUCAAAGCCUUCAUUGUUCUGGCUCCUGCUUUUGUAUCACAUGAUCCAGAAAAAUUAACUCAUGAGCUUCAGCAACAUGUCAAGAAGGUGACUGCACCUUACAAAUAUCCGAGGAAGGUGGAGUUUGUUCAGGACCUGCCGAAGACUGCAAGUGGGAAAAUCCAGAGAAAGGUUCUAAGGAACAAAGAGUGGGGAAGAGUAUAA